CUUUUUCCGCGUUAUGGCAGCAGCAGCGGUGGUGGCGGCGUUCGCUCUUCUCCUUCCUCUGCUGUGGCUGGUUUCUUCUUGGCGGCUGCGGCGGUGCCACACAGCGAAGUGGCCUGGGCGGGACGGCCGGACGCUAUUAGCCGACGGACCGGCGCGGCGCACAGAUGACGCGACCCGCGCCCUGUUCGUCACGGCGCACCCUGAUGACGAAGCGAUGUUCUUCGCCCCCACCAUUCUCAGUUUGGCUCGAGCCAGGCUGUGGCUGCUCUGCGGGUCCACAGGGAAUUACUACCAUCAAGGAGACGUCCGUAAAAAGGAACUCCUGGAGAGUUGCGCCGUGCUAGGGAUCCCUCCUUCCAAUGUCACCAUCGUAGACCACAGGGAUCUUCCAGACAAUCCAUCUGUCGAAUGGGACAUACGGUUGCUCUCUUCCCUGAUCCUCCAGCAUGUCGAAACCAACCGAAUCAAUCUGGUCGUGACCUUCGACGCCGGAGGAGUGAGCGGCCACACCAACCACCGGUCGCUCUACGCUGCGGUCAGGUACCUGCACACAGAGGGGAACCUUCCGGAAGGCUGUCGGGUCCUUACCCUGGAGACGGUUAACCUUUUCCGGAAGUAUAUCUCCAUCCUGGACGCCCCCAUCAGCUGUCUGCAGGGCCAAGACGUUCUCUUUGUGCUGACAGAAGAAGAGGCUGAACUGGCACAGAAAGCCAUGUGGUCCCACCGCAGCCAGCUCCUGUGGUUCCGCCGCCUGUACCUAUUCUUCUCUCGCUACAUGGUGAUCAACUCCCUCCGCUUCCUCUGACGGGAAAAGGGCCUUCGCUCAAGGCAUCGGGGGCGAUUCGGUGGCUUCGCGAGAGGCGUGGCGUUCCUCCGAGACCUCGCCGAGCUGAGGAACGGGACAGCGGCCGCUCCAGACUGACCUACACCAACGGCUGGGGAGCUGCCACCACACAGCCGACCCGGCUGUGCAAGUUCUCCCGUGUGGCUGUGCAGCGUUUCCCCUCCACCUGAUACCCAGAUUCCACCAGUUAUGUUUUUGCUGUAUUGACAGAAGCCCAGAAAACUAACGACGGUGUAUAUCGUACCCCCCCAAAAAAAAACCAGGUGGGGGAAGAGCUAUCCCAAGCGAGUGUACCAGGGCACUUUGUAAAUAUUUAAAAUAUCUCCUUUCUUAAAAAAAAGAAAAGAAAGCAUGCUGACUUGAAACAAUGACUGAGAGCGUUAUGCACUGAGGAGCUACUACACUGAAUUAAAUUCAGCAACGUAUGUGGAAGGAAGCUUGGAAAAUGCACUCGAAAUUUCUGUUGGCUGUGAACCUCCUCUUGGGACAGUUACACUUCUUUGGCCUGGCCUACCUUGCAGGGUUGUCGCGCAGAUGAAACGGCAGCCGCUUAACGCUAUCCCUUGUGCUUUUUGGAGGAAGGGGGGUUGUAGUGGUCGGAGUGUUGGACUAGGACCGGAUUUCAAAUCUCCCCUCAGCCACGAACCUCACCAGGUGACCCUGAGCCAACUGCACGCUCUUUCAGCGUAACCUACCUCGCAGGGUUGUUGGGAGGGAUAAAAUAGUCGUAGCGGGGUGGGGGGAGAACCACGCGUGGCGCCGUGGCGGAAGGGUGGAAUA